AUGUUGUGGUUUACGGUGUGGUUCGUCCACUUGCUCCACUUUUUCGCCUCUUCUUCUUCUAGUUCUGUUUUUCUAAAUCUGUUUUCCGCCGCCUCCUUUGCUAGCGCCGCCGUUAAAGUUUAUGUAACCUCCGUGGAGAUCCGUGGGACGAUGGUUCCUUGUCGACUCAUUCUUUCCUGUUCUCGUUCCUGUGAGCUUGUCGUUUCUGUCACCGCCGCGCUUGGAGACUUGUUUGUCUCGCCGGGCUGUGAAGGCUGGAUUCACCCAUCGAAUUGCAGUUCCUGUCUUGCUUCUUCUCAGAGGCUUGUGUUACCGUUACCGUCUGAUUGGCCAUAG